AUGCCAUCAGAGGCCAGGGAGGCUAUAAACAAGGCAGGUUUUGAAGCCAAGCCAAGCCCCCCACCUGGCUUGCAGGCGUCUGGUAAGGACGGUGGCAAGCCGGGCAAAGGCAAAGGCAAAGGAAAGGGCUCAGCUGCUGAGCCAGGCUUCACGCAAGAUCAGCAGAAAACCCUGCGAGGAAUCUUUGAAGGUGCGUCGGAGUCCCAGAAAGCUCUCCUUCAGCUCGCUGGGCUGGAGCCUCCAGAAGACGAAGAGGUUGAUCUUGAGGAGCUCUGCCGAAGACACAUUGAAGAGCUCCCUCAAGCCAUUCAGGAAGCAGUGGCACCACCAGAACCUGACCCCCCAUCCCCACAGCAGUUGAUCUCGGAAGCCAGCAGGAAGCUUAAGGCUGCGGCGGCUGAGUUGCGUGAGGUCGUGUUUGAAAAAGCUUCCCUGCAGCUGAAGCUCAACAGCACCAAAGACCUGUUUGAGCAGCUUCUCAAUGAGAUGAAAGAUCUAAAUGCCAGCAUGGCCACGAAGCAGGAGCAGGUCGCUGAGCUCCAAAAGGAAUUGGAGCGACAACUGCCAAAAGAUGGCGAAAACGAAAAGGUCGAGCUUUCUCCCUUGCCAAUGGAAGUCGACGAAGUUUUGGAUCAUCUUGGCAUUGUUUUGAAUGAAGAACAGGUCAAGAAGUUGAGCGAGAUGCAGACGCGGAAGAGGCCAAGGCUUGAAGCUUCUCAGCAAGGCCCGCAGCAGCAGCAAGGACACCGAGGUGGCACGGAAGGGCAAGGGCCCAGGGCGCUCGAUACCCCGGGCAACAGGCAGCAACAGCAGGAGAUUACUCCCGUCUCCUUCGAAGAGGUAGAUCAGCACUCAGUCCAUAUGACGUUUGAUGCUGAACAGCCCCUCGAUGCCGGCGAGGACGGUUUUGGUACGAAGCCGAGAAGCACUGGGAAAGGUGACAAUUCUCAAGGUUCGGGCUCUCGGUACUUCCCCUUGGAUUUUGCUGAGGCAGAAGAGCCACUCCUCAUCUCCCUGGCAGAAUUCGCCGAAGUCAAGGACAAUGAGGAUGGCUUAGAAGGUGUUGCAGCUGCGGUUGCAGCCAUGCACAAGGUUGGGUACGAAAUGAUUGGCGGGGAAGCUGCUUCCUCUGCCAAGAAAGGUAAUGAGCUCGAUUUUAUCAUCACGAGCAAUGCCAUUGCUGGGCUCGCCUCUGUGCCUGAACCGGUUGAUAUCUCAGUAGUUGGUCAGCAGUUUUCAGAGGAUGAGGCGAAAAACAAGCCAGAGGAGGUUCUCUUGAAUUCAGCAGAAGACCGAUCGUGCCAGGGCAACCGGAUCGCCCAUACUCCACCCACCGGCCUCUGGCUGCGAGUGGAGUCCUGGCUCAAUGCCACAGCCAAGGCAGGUGUGAAGGUCGCACAAAAAGCCCUGGCUGGAGUGACAACCCAGCUACAGUUUGGAGCAGUGUCCCAAGAGGAAGCCGAAAGUUGGAGGGCUGAGAUUCUCGCCCUGCUCACAGGUUCCACCAAGGUCUCUCAGGAGCAAGAGGACCAGAUAAGAGGAUUUAUCAAGAUCGCCCAAGUGGAACAUUUGGCACAGGACAAGCAAAGGUACCAGGAUUGGAUUGAAGGAGCAAUGGUCAAAAGCAUGCGUCCCCUUUACAAGGCCAUCAGGUCCCACGAGCAGGUCCUGGUGCGGCCCUUUCGCAAUAAAGAGGCAGCCUUGCGGCCCUACCUUAGGAGUCGAUGGAUGGAACAACCGGAUGUUGAAGCAGCUUCCCCACAGCGCGUUAGAGCUCCCGGCCAAUGGCGUGUGGUUAAGUUCGCAAUGCUGGCCAAGAAUAGUGCCAUUGAAAGACCAAUAGGAGUCACUUGUCUUUCAGUAUCCACUGCCCGUGUGUUCAAGUGUGAAGUUGCGGUGGCUACGGGGCGCCACAGAGCAACCCUUUACCUCGACCUUAGCACAUUCUAUGAGACACUGUCCCACGCCAAGCUCAUAGAAUCAGCUAAGGCACUGGCCUUCCCAGCCAGUGUCCUGAAUAUAGCAAUCCAGAUAUAUCGCGGUGGUCGAAUCAUGGAAGCCGAAGGUACCAUGAGUCCAGUGUCUUUUACGGAUAGAGGAGUAAUAGCUGGAUGUCCAGCUGCUCCAGCACUAUCCAAACUCGCGUUAUACCGCCCACUCAAGAUUGUCCAAGACACCGGCCUCACGGCCGGGUUAGACUCGUGGAUAGAUGACGUGACUAUCGACGCAGAGGCCAAAGAUGCGCAACGAGUCGCGCAAAAGAUUGUUGCACUAUAUCGCACGGUUAGCGCAGAGCUUGGUAAUGCAGAACUGCAGAUCAGCACUUCGAAAUCUGCGUUCGUUUGCACUGACAGGCAGACACAGCAUAGGGUGCAGCAGCUUCUGCGCACCGGGGAACCACCGGUUCUACACCUUGUGAAAGACUUAGGCGUGGAUUCUGCAGGGGCACGCAGGCGACGAGUGGCAACCAGCAAUGCCAGGAUUGCCAAAGCCACAGGUCGCAGCAACAAGCUGUCAAAGCUCAAGAUCCCUAAUCAGAAGAAGCGUGCAGCAACGGGUGUUUUCACUGCUGCCACCUUUGGACGCCAAGGGCAAGGGAUCUCACCCAAGCGCAUGAAAAUGCUCAGAGCAAUUGCUGGUGGCCAUUAUGGGAAGCUGUCCUUUGGUUCCCUGGACCUGGUCUUCGACCUAUCCUGGGUAGGGUCAG